GAAAACAAGUGGUUUCCACAAUGUCUUCGGGUACGCAUCGAAUUCGAAGUUGAAAAGUGUUCAGUAAAGCGAUACGAUGUUGAAGUUGGUAUGUAUAUUGCAGUGGUCGAUAAUAAUAGCUAUUGUCCAUAGCUGUGCUGCCAACAAUUAUACGUGUUAUGAAAAAACAAACCCUCAAUGGUUUUUUUCCACGUUAACGUCGUAUAAUUAUGUUUCUCCUAAGAAAAUAAACUUACCAAUCGGCACUCCAGUACAGCUUUUUAUGGUAACUAAACAUGGCACGUCUCAUCCAUCUUGGGACGGACACGAGAGAAAACAUUAUCAUCGGCAUCAGAUGUGGAAAAAAUUAGAAAUUUCUAAAAAUGCUGAAAUGUGUCCAUCAGAUAUUGAAGCAAUUGAACGUUGGCAACCAAAAAGAAAAUACGAAGUAGGAUUAGUACAAAAAGGCAAAGACGAAAUCAUGGAAUUAGCCCAGAGGAUUCGAAAAGCUUUUCAAGAUAUGUUUAUCAAUCAGUACAACACUGCUGACUAUUAUGUAUUGACAAGGUGGGAGCAACAUAGUAAAGACACUGGAAAAGUUUUUUUAAAUACUAUUUUCCAAAAUCGAAACAUUGACACUGUUCCAGUGUGUGACAAAAACGAUAAAAUACUAAUGGCAAGUAGAAAUACACUCGAUGUUAUCUUUAGCAUUUGCUUUUUAGUUUCGUUUUGUGAUUUAGACUGAACAUUAUAUGGAAAGUAGUCCAAAUGUACGAAGAAUAGAUAAUCACGAAUUGAUACAUUUCUUGCGCAGCGAUCAUAUAAAGAAUGUUAUUGAGAGGGUUUUGAAGAAAAUAGGACGUAAACCUGAAAACUUUCCAGAUGAUUAUAAUUUGGUGUCUUCUUUGUACACCACGUGCGGCACAGAGAGAUCUCACGAUGAAAAAUCAAUACCACCUUUGUGCCGUGUAUUCUGUAAUGAAGAUCUCGACGUUUUGGAAUACUUGAAAGAUCUCAUAUAUUAUUUUGGCGAGGGUCACGGAAAUCCGUUUAGCGUGAAAUAUGGUUGCCCGAUGGCUAUUCGCUUACUAGAAAGCUUCAAGUAUAAUAUUUUUUUUCCAUAUAAAUACAUUAACGUGAUACCCGUUUAACUUAUGGUGAUCAUAUCAAAACUGAACGAUUCUGCAUAAUUAUAGAGUUGGAAAACAAAAUACGAGGAAAGGGCCCGAAAGGUGUAUUUUAUUUUGGAAACACUAUAAAUAUAUUGAACUUGUAUGUCAUGUUAGGUCUAGCCAAAGAUGUGGCUCCAUUAAUGGCAUCCAACUAUAAAAGCAUGAAGAACCGCAAUUGGAGAAGUUCCUUGCUGGCUCCAUUGGCCGCAAACUUCAUGGCUGUGCUUUACAAAAUAGGCAAUAUAUUAUAUCACGUGGCGUUUUAUUUUAACGAAAAACGUAUGAGAAUAACGCUAAAUGACGGUAGUACGUGUGAAAAGUGUGAGUGGUCAAAGAUUAAGGAGAAGUUAGAACAAUAUAUAUACGACUAUAGGUGUACGUCAGAUACCGAUAUAAAUUAUCCAUCUUAUUCCAAUUCCAAUCCGUAUUGGAACUUUUCAACGAUGACAGCAUACAGUUUGGUUUCCUCUAAUGAAAUUAAAAAAACUCAGAGUGAUAUACCGGUUCAGAUUUUUGCGGUCAUGCAGCAUGGAGUGACCCGGCCGUCUGACGAAUUGUUCAAAGAAUGGACACGGUAUGAUGCUUACAAGUACAAAAUUACCGCAAGAGCAGAAAUGAGCUGGUCAGAUAUUAAUUUCAUUCAAAACUGGAGUUGCUCUUUGCUUAAAGUCACAAAUGAUAUCGAAGGCUCUUUUAAAGUUAAAUCCUUAGCUAACCGCAUCCGGAAAGCUUUUCCGAACUUAUUUACCAAAACGUUCGAAUUAAAAAACUUCAAGGUAUUGUCAAGGCCAGAGCAAAUUUGUAAGGAUUAUGGGGAAUUAUUUUUACAAAGUAUUUUUACAGACGAAAGUAUUAAGAGUGAGAAAUGGGAAAAUGAUAACCAAUUACUAAUGGUAUCGUCAAGACCAAAAGAAAUAAGUAAGGGUGAAAAGUGUGGAACAGUGUUUUUAAAUUGUAUUUUAAAAAACAAAAGUACUGCUAGCCAACCUGAAUGGGAGCAUAAUAACCAGUUACUGAUGAUGGAUAAAUUAAAUAAGGAUUAUUUGAAAGAUAUUGCUGAAUUAGAAAAAUUCAAGAAAAGUGACGUUGUAAAAAAUGUUUUAAAAAGGGUUUCAGUUAAAAUGGGUCUUGAACCUGGAGCAUUUGGCGAUGAUUUUGGUUUUAUUUACUAUGCAUACAACGCGUGUCGCUUUGAAAGGUCUUUUAAUGACCAAUCAUUUCCUGCAUUGUGCAGGAUAUUCUGCCGAGAAGAUCUAAAAGUAUUGGAAUACAUCUAUGACCUACUAUGGUACUAUACUGCUGGUUAUGGAAACCCUUCGAAUUUACAACAAGCAUGUCCUAUGGCCAGAAGUCUUUUAGAAACAUUCAAAAGAAAAACUGAAGGAAACGGUCCAAAUGGUACUUUUCAUUUUGGAAACGCUCUUAACAUAUUUAAUAUAUAUGUCAUGCUGGGUCUAGCCAAAGACGAUGCUCCCAUAAAGUCAUCUAACUACAAAGACAUGGUGAACCGUAAGUGGAAAAGUUCCUCGAUGGUUCCAUGGCUUGCAAACUUCAUGGCUGUACUUUUUAAAAACAAAAUUGGUGAAUAUUACGUGGCGUUUUAUUUUAACGAAAAACGUACGCCCAUCACGCUAAAUGAUGGGAAUGCGUGUGAAGAGUGCCCGUGGACCGAAAUUGAAAAACUGUUAUUGAAAUAUAUUAACGACAAUCAGUGUUGACAAGGGAAUAAUUGUUUCCGCUUUAUAAAUAAUAAUAAUUAAUAAUCUAAUGCUUAA